UUUCUACUUCUACCAUAUACGUAUUUAACGGGUGCCAGGAUGAAGCCAAAAAUAUGAAACAAAUGAAUAUCCAAAGAAUAUUUGGAAUAUCCAUAAGGAUUUGGUGGCAUGAUACGCAUGCGCUAUUAUAGUAGUCAUCAAAGACAUGCGUUUCGGUUUCGGUGGACAAUGACGUUUACCGUUUACUAGCCUUUCAAUCAAAGCAGUAUCUGUAAAGUAUUUUCAUAGUUGAAUUCCUAUUAAUAUUAUAUUGUUCUUGUUUUUUCCUUCUUCUGGAAUAACUGUAGAUAAGUACCUAUAGUUCUAAUUUUUAAUAAGUUCUCCUCCUUAAAAUGCCAUCUCAAAUGAAAAGUUGCUUUCUUUGUAAAAGUAAAGAAUCUAAUAUAUCUUAUCACAGAUUUCCCAAAGAUGCUGCUAUCAGAUCAGAAUGGAUAAAGUUCUGUAAUCUGAAUAAUAAAAUCGAUGUACAUCUUUCCUCAUUACUUUUGUGUUCAGAACAUUUCUCUGUGCAAGAUUUUUCCCAUGGAAUGAGGAAUACAUGUGAAGCAGGAGUUCGAAGAAGGUUAAAUAAAACAGCUAUUCCUACUCUCAACAAAAUAUCAUCUGGGCUGUUUCCAUGUUAUGUCAAUGAUGAUGUUUCUGAUUCCUCAAAUUCUUGUGCAGAAGAUAACCUGAUUCCCAUUAAUGACACGCCAGGAAGUCACAAAAAAACUUAUGAGGAGACCUUUGGCCACUCUGCAAAAUCCAAUGGGACAACAGAAGAGGCUGAAAUUAUAAAAACUGAGUACAAACCAUUUGAAUAUGUACUCCAGCUAGAUGAACAUGCCAGUACAAUUACUGAUAUUCAAAGAACAGAUGAUAGCUCGGAACGAAAAUUGAAGAAGCAACAAAAAAUAAUAGUAGAGCAAAAGAAGAAAAUCAGAAUGUUACAACAAAAAAAUCGACGUUUCGUUAAGAAAAUCUCUUCGCUCAAGCAACUCUUGGGACAUUUAAAGACACAACAUUUGAUUCCUCAAGAGGCUGGCAAUCAUUUUCUGGAAAAUUGCAGAUAUCUUGCAACAGCGCCUAAUACUUCCGAGUCCGUCCACACCACACAAAAUACUGACAGGCACAACAUGAGGACGGAGCCAUGUUUGUCGGCUUCACUCUCUUCUGACCGAUGGCAGUAAAAUAGGAAGGAUAGUAUCAUUGAAUGAAGCCGAUAGUGAUUCCUUGAUUCAAUGAUAUUUUCGUUGAGGAUCGAGCUCUAUUCGAGAUAUUUCAAUGCAUAAAAAACAAAACCAUAACCUGUCAGAAUGAAGCCAACUACCCUCUGCAUUCCUGCUCCGAGUGCAUUUGUGGUUAUGUAUGUUUUGGUUUACCAGUUUAACUUCUUCUAUUUUUUUCAUUCGUUAGCUGUUCACCAUUAGCUAUUUUCAGACUAGAUUUAGAAUGGACGUCACAGUUUGCCGCCCCGAAAAUUAAAAAUUGCUUUAAUUUGAAAAUGAAAACGACUUGGACUUUAUCGGUCGCCAUUCUAUACAGCGUGGACAUGAAACUGGAGAGUUCCGAACUUAUUUCAUAAAAAUUCAUCUGAAGGAAACUUCCCCAUCAUGACUUCCGAUGCCAAUGGUAGAUCUCAAAAACCUACCUGUGCCACCCCUCAGUCUGAGCCAAAUAAACGGCACAGCGCGAUUCAUUUGCUGCUAUUAUUCCGGACAUACUUACGUCAUGUGAUAACGAGUUUUAACAAAAAGCAAAUAAAAUGGGAAAAUGUUCCCUUUGCGAAGAUCCAAACGUGCCGCGAUUCAAACUGAUCUAAGUUAGUGGCAGGGCGUCAAUGUUUCCGAGAAUUUUUCGCCCUCGUCGAAAGAUAAUAUCCGAUGGAUCAGUGUUAAACUCAACAUGUAGAUUGGAAUACUUGUAGUGCGAGCACCACAUGAGUUUUACACUGGUACAUCGGAUAUUAUCUUUCGACGAGGGCGAAAAAUUCUCGGAAAUAUUGACCCCCUGCCACUAACUUAGAUUAGUUUGAAUCACGGCACGUUUGAUUAUUCGCAAAGGGGACAUUUUUCCCUUUCAUUUGCUUUCUGUUUCAAUUCCUUAUCACAUGACGAAAGUAUGUCCGGAAUAACUGCAGCAAAUAAAUCGCUGUGCCGUGAUUUGGCUCAGACUGAGGGACGGCACAAGUAGGUUUUUGAAAUCUACUAUUCAAUUGGUAUCGGAUGGCAUAAUUCUUAUAUCGUUAUCAAAUCGCGAAAUUUAGUGCAAAUUUUCGCACAGUAAAGUGCAAGUUUUCAAUCAUUUUGCUCAGGAUAGUGAUCUAUAUCAAUUAUAUAUAUAUGGUUCUUUAUAACAUGUUUUUUUUUAUUACCCAAAUCAAAAUCCAGGUAGCACAGUGACGUCCGAAUGACGUCCUAAUUUGGUCACAAAACUGACCAAUUGACGUCGAAAAAUGACGUUUUGAAGAACUCGAAAUGACGUUUUGAAGAACUCGAAAUGACGCCAAAAU